GCAAGCCUAGUCGGCUACUCCACUUCUGCCGGACUAACAAAAGAAAUGGAACAGGCGCUGAAAUCGACGUCCCUCCCCGCCCUCGCCCGGCGCUUCCUUCUCUUCCCCAAUCGCCUCAGCCUCGUCUCCUUCCAAGAUCUUCUCCUCUCCCGCUCCUUCCAACGCCGUGGCCUCAUUCCCGUCUCUGUCAAUAUCCCGCCCUCCGCCGCCGGCGCCGCCGCCACCAUCCACAUCUGGAUCCCCGCCGAACCCCGCCAUUCCCUCCCUCCCCUCGUCCUCAUCCACGGCUUCGGCGCCAACGCCAAAUGGCAAUGGGACCGCCAGAUCGGCCCCCUUUCCCGCUUCUUCAACCUCUACGUUCCCGAUCUCAUCCACUUCGGCGGAUCCCGAUCCGAUGGCAAAGAUUUCUCCGUCGGCUUCCAAUCCCGGUGCCUCGCCGCGGCGAUGAAGCAACUCGGUGUGUCCAAGUACUCGGUGGUCGGGAUCAGCUACGGUGGAUACGUGGCGUAUCGUUUGGCUACGGAUGCCGGGCCGGCGGUGGUGGAUCGGGUGGUGAUCAUGACGGCGGGGAUUGGGGCCACUGCUGAAGAGACGAAGGCGCUGGCCGAGAAGGAGAAACGAGAUGUGAGCGAGAUCUUGUUGCCUCGAAAGCCGGAGGAUCUAAUGGCUCUGAUGCGCCGGUCCAUGCACCGCCCUCCCAGAUGGAUGCCCACCUUCUUGCUCCGCGAUUUCAUUGGGGUAAUGUACACACAGCACAGGAAGGAGAGGGUGGAGUUGUUGAAAGAACUGCUGACCAAAGGGGUUGGUAUAGAUCCUCUUCCAGUUCUUGAUCAGCAAACUCUGAUCAUGUGGGGAGAUCAAGACAAUGUAUUUCCUUUGCAUCUAGCUCAUCGUCUACAAAGACAUCUGGGAGAGAAAUCAAGGCUAGAAAUCAUUUCAGAUGCUGGUCAUGCAUUGCAAUUGGACAAGUCUAACUGUGUCACUGACCUCAUUGAAAAUUUUAUGUUGGAUAAACUUGAUGACAGUUGAACUUAUAGCCUAAGUUGUUUAUCAGUUGUACUGGAUAUGAUAUUAAACUUAUUUCUAAGAUCCAAGAUUUUCUCUUAA